AAUUCUCAUUGAUCUUACCAGAUUAAUCUGUGGCAGCUGCAGAAAAGAAAGCAUUUACCGGAGAGGAACAUAUAUCCUUGAAUCCACUUUGUUCAUGCCCAUGGAAAAUUGGCAGAAGUUUGCCAUACACCCUUUCUGAGGGUAAAGCACCAGUAAAACAAGCAGGCUUAAUAGAUCUCCUUCUACGACGCAUCACCGAGUUGUGCUUCAUGCAGGAGCAGUCUUUCGCUUAUACAUGCCCUAAAUCUGCACCACUUCGGAUCACUGCCAGUGCACAGUUCAAAAAAAUAGCACAAGCUCAUCGGUGUAACAGUUCUCCAGCAUACUUCCGCCUUCUGAGAUUGUCAGAACAGCCCCUUUGCCAACCAUGCGGUUCCCAGAACGAAGCUAGCCUGAAGGCUGCGCGCAUGUGCAAGCAUCAAACAUUAUCGGGGGGCAAAAAAGAGAAAGCAGUUCAAGCCCUGGGACACAAUCCUUUGACAAUAAAACAGAGAAAACAGUACAAGCCCUGGGGCACACUCCUUCGACAUUGUACACAAGAGACAAUAGCUGAACUACCGCAGUAUUGCUCAGGCCAAUAGAAGGUGACUUUUUAAGCCCCAGGCAAUCCCUGGCACAGGAGCAAUCCACCACCAUGAAUGACAACUCACACCAUGUACUGCAGCAUCCUAACAUCAAACCCAGCUGCAAAGCACAGCGUGAGAAAUGCCACGCUUUCU